AUGGCUCUAGGCACCCUGGCCGCAACGGGGGGCGUGCUGCAACAACUGCGGCUGAGUGCUGCUUGCGCCACGCAGCGCUUCGGCGAUUGCGGCCUAGCGGGCGGACAAGGAGAGUGA